AUGAAUAAGAGCUGGAUAUCUUGGGAUCCAAAUAGUUCCCAGUACCAAGAAAAGGUUAAAGAUUUUAUUGAAAACUCUAAGAAGUUUGCAAGGAAUCCUGACAGGGUCAUCUGUCCUUGCUUAAUCUGCCGAAACCAUAGUCCACGAAAUGAUGAAACGAUAUUGUUUCAUUUGACCAAAUAUGGGUUUGAUCCGACAUAUAAGGUCUGGGUCGCUCAUGGUGAGCCAAAUUUAUUAGGAAGAUGUGCAAAAGUUGAUGAGUUUGCAAAAUCAACUGAUAUUUAUGAGGAUACUGAAAUGCUUGAAGUGCAUCAGAUGUAUGAAGAUGUUUGUUUUCGGUUACCAGUUGAAGGUGAAUCCCCUAGUUUAAUGAAUGUAGAUGAUAGGUAUCAGAAAAAGAUUUCAGACGCUAAAGUUCCUCUACACCCUGGUUGUACAAAGUACUCAAAACUUUCAGCCACCUUAAUUAUGUAUACGUUGAAAGCUGAAUCUGGUCUAUCUAAUUCUGGCUUUGAUAAGUUAAUGAGUGUGUGUGAAGAUAUGCUACCAGAGGCAAAUACUUUCCCCGAGUCACUGUCCACAGUCAAGAAAACACUUAAAGAUUUUGAUUUAGGGUAUGAGAAGAUAGAUGCAUGUGUCAAUGAUUGCCCUAAACAACUUGGAAAUGACAUUGAUGUAUACUUGCAGCCCCUUAUAGAUGACUUAAAACUGCUGUGGGAUGGUGUUGAUAUAUAUGAUGCCUAUUCUAAAGUCAUGUUUAACCUCAGAGGUAUCCUAAUGUGGACUAUUAAUGAUUUCCCGGCUUAUGGGAAUUUAUCUGGGUUAACCAAUAAAGGAGAAUUUGCUUGUCCUGAAUUGCUUGUGCGACAUAAUUUGGAUGUCAUGCACAUUGAAAAAAAAGUGUGUGAGAGUGUUUUAGAUACAAUCUUAGAUGUGAAGGAAAAAUCAAAAAUUGGGGCAGCUUCACGUAGAGAUCUAGAGUUACAAGAAUUAAUGGAAGAUGUUCCAGAAGUAGCAAGAGAAGAUAAGCUGGAUUCUUCUGGACCUUACACCUUUACAAAGUCUGAGAUGGCAAAAUUUGUUUGGAGGUUGUGGAUGCAAAGGUUUCCUGAUGGAUAUUGCUCCAAUAUUGGAAACUGCAUCAAGAUUAAAGAGAGCAAAAUUCUAGGGUUGAAGUCCCAUGAUCAUCAUGUCUUGAUGCAGCAACUUUUAUCUGUUGCUGUUAAGGGGCUUUUACCUGAAGGUGUUUGA